UCUUGCUCCAUCUGGCUCUAGUUGUACACAGCCCUGGCUCUAGUUGUACACAGCCCUGGGCUCAUUUGAACGCUCCAGAGACGGACGGUGUGUGUGAGUGUGAAAGAGAGAAUUCACCAAGAUGUGUGUGUUGCUUCCACAGAUUAGAACUUUUACUGGACUUGUUGUUCUAUUGGUUACAUCAACUUAUGGUCUGGACUCCGUGUGUGAUGCUACUCAGGAUGCUACAUGUUAUGGGGCUCUGGGAGGACCUGUGCACCUGCAGCUGAUGAGGGACGCCAGAGGAUAUUACCUGAGCCUCCAAUAUAACAGUGUAACUGUUUUUAGAUUCAACAACUCUAAGUCGGAGUUCUAUAAACAGUUCAACACUACAUCAGUCCUUCAGAGGUGGCAGUUUUUUCCAUAUAACGGGACCAUGAUUAUCAAACCUGCAGAGAGGAGAGACACAGGAACAUACAGAGUGUAUAUCCAAAAUGAGUCAACAGGGAAAGGAGUGGGAGAUCACACAGUACAUCUGACCAUAGAAGCCAACAAUGGAGUAUCCAUGACAACUAUACCACCACCUACCCCAACAUCUACCACCUCAGCUCUGCUGUGUGUGUGUUCUUCUGGUGGUAUUUCUCCAGUGUUCAUCAGUGUGUGGCUGGCAGAGAUCAUCAUCCUCACAUCACUGCUGGUGGGAGGGUAUUACCUCUACAUAAGAAACAGGACCGCACACACUCCAGAUGAGUGUAAGGACCAGGAGGUGGAGCUCACGAGUCGCAGGAGGACACCAGAGGAGGUGCAGAUGCAGUGACUCCCCAUUGGUCCAGAGGAAGUGCAGAGACUCCCCAUUGGUCCAGAGGAGGUGCAGAGACUCCCCAUUGGUCCAGAGGAAGUGCAGCACCAGACUACUCCUCCAUUCCCCCUCCACUAUAGAGUGACUGAUCAGUCCAAAUAUUUGAUAGCCUGACGUUGUCAUACUCAAAAUUCCAGUCAGAAUAUGAGUCUGAACUGCUCCAUUGUGACGCAAUUAUGCAGUGUGUUUUCUAGUCUUUUUUGAAAGUUAUUGCGCUAUCAAUAUCUUAGAUUUCGCUAUCGGAUGUUGUUUAUAAUAUAAGACAACAAAAUAUGUGGCAGGGUAGGCUAUUUGGAGAACAUUUCCUCUCCGUCCGUUCACACUGCUACAACCAUGCUAUGAACAACUGGGGAAGGGUGGAGCAAACAGGCCAAUCAGAGAUCAGGGUACAUGUCAUGCAAACACGCUGUUUUCCCUUGAUGAAAGUGAAACUAGAGUUUACACAUCCACUUUGGCCUAAGUUUUAAAAAAUAAUCGCGUGAUAACCUGUGAUAAAUCCUUUGUUUUUUUGUAAAUGAAAGGCCGAACUGCAUCUACCACCACAAUUUUGAUUGAUCCGAACAGCUCUGGUUUGAAUAUAGUUGUGCGACAAUGGACCAAGGCCAGACUCAGGGGGUCAAGACCAUGUAGAUUAGCUUUGGCAUGUUUAAAUAUGACGCCACAUGGAGUAUUUAGAGCCAGCUCCGUGCAUGUUUGCGAGGGUUACCAAAUAAAUUACCCCUCUUUUGAUA